CAAGUGGCCUUCUAUUGGCCCGGCUGCUCCCGGCAGCCGACUGCUUCAGCCGCAAGCAGGGGGCGGUACAAGAUCACACCGUCUUGGUCCUUCUCCCUGUGGCCGGGCUCAGCGGGGCGAGGCUUACUCCUCCUCCAGGAGGAAUAAAAAUCGCAUCCUCUGAGGAUUCAUGAGAAAGCUGCCCAUCUUCGAGUGCGGGGAACGGGCUGCGAAUGGGGCAGGGUGAGCGCACGUGGAGCGUGUUUACAAACAGCUGUUGCUCCCUCCUCGCGGAGGCGGCCCGGACGCCGGCGCUUCUCAGUCGGCCCCCCAGGAACCCCGCACGCUCCCGCCGGACUCCCUGGCCUCCCGCCGGGACAGGACUAGCCGGAGUUCUCAGUAUGAACAACGCAAAGUCGAGCAGCGGUUCGGCUGAAGGAAGACAUGAAAAAGAUAGUGGCAGUGCCAGUAAACGAGCAGAGGGAUUCUACCUAUAAAAAGUUAUUUGGAGUCAGUCUCCAAGAACUUCAACAGCAGGGGCUCACUGAGAAUGGCAUUCCAGCUAUAGUAUGGAAUAUAGUGGAGUAUUUGACACAGCAUGGACUCACCCAGGAAGGCCUUUUUAGGGUGAAUGGUAAUGUGAAGGUGGUGGAACAACUUCGAUUGAAGUAUGAAAGUGGACUGCAUGUGGAGCUUGGGAAAGAUGGCGACAUCUGCUCAGCGGCCAGUCUGUUGAAACUGUUCCUGAGGGAGCUGCCCGAGAGUGUGAUCACCUCAGCGUUACAUCCUCGGUUCAUUGAGCUAUUUCAGGAUGGCAGAAGUGAUGCUCAAGAGAGUAGCUUAAGAGACUUAAUAAAUGAGCUUCCAGAAACCCACUACUGCCUCCUGAAGUACCUGUGCCAGUUCUUGUUGAAAGUAGCCCAGCAUCACCUGCAGAAUCGCAUGAGUGUUCACAAUCUCGCCACUGUAUUUGGACCAAAUUGCUUUCAUGUACCACCUGGAUUUGAAGGCAUGAAAGAACAAGACCUCUGCAAUAAGAUAUUGGCUAAAAUACUAGAAAAUUAUAAUACUCUGUUUGAAGUAGAGUAUACAGAAUAUGAUAACCGGAAGUGUGAAAACCUGGCUAGGCUUAUCAUAGUAAAAGAGGCCAGUUGUAAGAACUCUCUGCCCAUGGUUCCAUCAAAAGACUUAGAAAGAAGCAUGCAAAAACCAUCUCCAAGAAUCAAGAUCCCAAAGUCCAGGAGUGAGGGAUGUAUUCAGGCCCACAGGGUACCACAACCAGAGCUAUCUGAUGGUAUUCCUCAGGUCAGCCUGCAGCUAACUCGUAGAAAACCCUGCUUGGAUGACAUGAAUUUAGUGGAGGAAGCCAGUGGUGCCAAGUUGGUAGCCAGUUCACAGGAAGAUGAAAGACCUAUGUCACCUUUCUAUCUGAGUGCUCAUGUGUCUCAAGUCAGCAAUGUGUCGACAACCGGAGAACUCAUAGAAAGAACUAUCCGGUCAGCCUGUAGAACAGCAUCUUUUGAUGUUAAUAGCUCUGGAGGUCAAAGUUCAGAGGACUCAGAAUCUGGAACAUCAUCAGCACCUUCCACAACAUCUACCAGACAGAGACGACGCCAACCCAAGGAGCAGGAUGAAGUCAGAAGAGCCAGAGAUAUGGGACUUGUCAACAAAGAAAAUAUCCCCUCUGGGUUCAACAACCUUGAUGACUGUAUUUUGAAUGUUCAGGAAGUGGAAAAAUUACAUGAAAGUAGUUCUGGUUAUAUUGAAGAAAGGAGCAAACCUAAACGCCAGAAAUCCAGUACCAAAUUUUCUAAGCUCAAUGAAAUUCAAGAUGGUCUUGUGAAUAUGGAAAGUCUUCAUUCACCACAAUCUCAUGAAAGUACUGGACCUGAUGAUGAACUGAUAUCUGAUGAAGGCAAAGAAAAUGAAAAAGAUGGCAUGUGUGCCCAGCAUUCUGAGAGCUCUACAAUGAAGAUUCAGGAGCAUCCCAGCAUACCUGACUCUAAGCUGCAGAGGAACCAAGAUGCCGAUGACCAGGCAGAGAGCUUUGUCUCCGAAGUGCCCCAGUUGGACCUGACAGCAUUGUGUGAUGAGAAGAACUGGGAAGAGCCUGUCCCUACUUUCUCCUCUUGGCAGCGGGAGACCAUAGACUCCGAUGAAGCCCGCCUCUCCCCGCAGGCGGGGCGCCUGAUUCGGCAGCUUCUCGAUGAGGACAGCGACCCCAUGCUCUCUCCCCGGUUCUACGCUUACGGGCAGAGUCGGCAAUACCUGGAUGACACGGAAGUGCCUCCCUCUCCUCCAAAUUCCCACUCUUUCAUGAGGCGUCGGAGCUCCUCUCUGGGGUCCUACGAUGAUGAGCGAGAGGACCUGACACCUGCCCAGCUCACACGGAAGAUUCAAAGCCUUAAAAAGAAGAUCCGGAAGUUUGAAGACAGAUUUGAAGAAGAGAGGAAGUACAGACCUUCCCAUAGUGACAAAGCAGCCAAUCCAGAGGUACUGAAAUGGACAAAUGACCUUGCGAAAUUCCGAAAACAACUUAAAGAGUCAAGACUAAAGAUAUCUGAAGAAGACCUAACCCCCAGGAUGCGGCAGCGAAGUAACACACUCCCCAAGAGUUUCGGUUCCCAACUUGAGAAAGAAGAUGAGAAGAAGCAAGAACUGGUAGAUAAAGCAAUAAAGCCUAGCGUUGAAGCCACACUGGAAUCUAUCCAAAGGAAGCUCCAGGAGAAGCGGGCAGAAAGCUGCCGUCCUGAGGACAUUAAGGAUAUGACCAAAGACCAGAUUGCUAAUGAGAAAGUGGCUCUGCAGAAAGCUCUAUUAUAUUACGAAAGCGUUCAUGGACGGCCGGUAACAAAGAAUGAACGUCAGGUUAUGAAGCCACUGUAUGACAGAUACCGGUUGGUCAAACAGAUCCUGUCCCGAGCCAACACCAUACCCAUCAUUGGAUCCCCCUCCAGCAAGCGGAGAAGCCCUUUGCUGCAGCCAAUUAUCGAGGGUGAAACUGCUUCCUUCUUCAAGGAGAUAAAGGAAGAAGAGGAGGGUUCAGAAGAUGACAGCAGCAUGAAGCCAGGCUUCACAGUCACUCUGAAAACUGAUUUCAGUGCACGUUGCCUUCUGGACCAAUUUGAAGAUGAUGCUGAUGGGUUCAUUUCCCCAAUGGAUGAUAAAAUGCCAUCAAAAUGCAGCCAGGACACAGGGCUUUCAACUCUCCAUGCUGCUUCAAUACCUGAACUCCUGGAACACCUUCAGGAAAUGCGAGAAGAAAAGAAAAGGAUUCGAAAGAAACUUCAUGAUUUUGAAGACAAUUUUUUCAGACAAAAUGGAAGAAAUGUCCAGAAGGAAGACCGCACUCCUCUGGCUGAAGAAUACAACGAGUACAAGCACAUAAAGGCAAAACUAAGGCUCUUGGAGGUGCUCAUCAGCAAGAGAGACACUGAUUCCAAAUCCAUGUGAGGAGGCAGCCCCCAUGCGAGCAGAGGUGGCUGGGUGGAUGCAGGCUGCAUUUACCAGCUGCCUCCUUGGAUAAAUAGCAGCUCUGCAGAAAUGGGAGGCAGUCUUGAAACUAGGGUUGGAUGGUACAAGGAAGACUUUCCAGGACGUGCAAAGCAUGCAGACCUCUGCCUCCAGGCCCAGCUCCUGUUUCCAUGGCCUGCCUGCCUUAGAGACUGCCUAGAUGGAAGACGGCAACCUGAACUGACUUAGGAAUUCUGUAAUGGCAAAGUCAGUAUUCCUGCACACACCCACACACACACAUCUAUACACACACACUAUAGUGGAAGCUUUGCUAACACUAGCAGUGAAGAAUCACUACAUUUAGACACAUUCAUCUACAGAGAAUAUAUACACUGUUCUUCCCUGGAGAACUGGGAAACAUGAGACUAUUCUCUGUCUAACUGUGAUAAAAACAAGCUCAGGACUUCGCUAUGUAGAGCAAACUUGCUGUGGAAGUUUGUGUUUUCCUUGUACCCAUGUAAGUGUGACCAUGCACCUGAGGGCCCUAUUUGCUGCCUUUGGCCCUUCCCAGAGUUGCGCCUUCCCCCACUGGUGUGAAUUUGUUGUUUUCCCCUUCAGCUCUCCUGUAGAGGGAAGCUGCACGAAAUGGCAGUGUGAUCGUGUUUGAUCCGUGAGUCUUCAGGACUUCCUCAGCUGACAGAAAAUUUUGGUCCCUGCCUAGGACUGGAUAAUCUGCAGAGGACAGAGAUAUUAUAACAAGAGCUCCAUUAAUGCUGAUUUUUAAUCCAGGUAACAGGAUGAAGAGCCUAGAGGAUUCAUUCCUUAACAUUGACAGCACUCAUCAGUCUCAAAUUUUAGAAAGACAUUUAACGUCAAACACUAAGCAAGGCCAGCAUGUUCACGUCACCAUUUGGGGCUCGGUUUCAUUUUGACACUAGCCAAACAUAAAGGGUCUUGCUUCAUUCUUAGUCUAAAGGUAGAAUAUCAUGGGAGAAAGGGAGACUGUGCUCGUGGCCUCCUGCAUACUUACCACAGUUAAAAAAAAAAAAAAUUUAAAAAGAAGGAAACCUGCACUAAAAAUCCUCACAAUAUAGCCUUCAGAAGCUCAGCCCAAGGCAGAAUCUAAAUCACAUCAUUUCUGAGAUGAUGUUGAACAUUCAAAAGAGAAAAAAAAAUAAUGGUAUGUGGCCAAUUAUAACUUUUUCAAAAACUGUGUCACAAAGCUGUCUAUAUUAGACAUUUUGGAGGGACCAGGGAAUUUAGGGCACCGAAUCAUUCACCUCUUCAGUGUGCUAACAUCAUUCCGUGAUCUGUUGCUACUGUUUGACCUUCUACAUGUGCAUCGAGGAAUGUGCAUCCUCCUUCAGCCUGGCCACCCUGGGUGGGAAUCUUGAGGCCUAGCCAGUGUCUGCACACGGCAGCGCAGACUGUCACGAGAAGGCGUUCCAGCAGGUUCUGCCCGUUGAAGAGAAUGUUGCAGGACGAACAGCCAUCAGGCAUGCCCUCCUGUAUGUUUUGAGAGUUGCUUUCUAAAGUGUACCUUUAAAGAAAAAGAAGAAAAGGAAGAGAACCUAAAACUGUACUGACUCAUUGUCAGUUUCAAAAUGGGUUAUUGAGAAACUGGCUGGUCAGACUGGAUUUAUGGCAUCAUUUUUCCUUGAUGAAGUGAUGUAGCAGCUGCCCUCUGUCAGGGGAAAAUUGUUCAAGUCAGGGGUGAGGGAAAAAGAAGGCCUUUGAGUUUGCUCUUUAAAAAGAAUCAUACAGAAGCAUAAGCUUAGUGUUGGAAGUGCCCUGGUUUUAAUCCACACACUUAAAGACGGUACAUAGUACUACAAACUUAAAUGUACAUAAGAAUAUAGUUUGGUAUUCUUUGCUCUACUGUUUACAUUGCAGAUCAUUAUAAUUUCAAGGAGUUAUAUUAUAAAUAAAAUGAUGCACUUUAGGAUGUUUUCUACUUUUGAAAUCUGAACAUGAAUCAUACACAUGACAAAAAAAAUUGUAUUUUUUGAAAGAAAUACAUGUCUAGUCUGUCCUUUAUUAAUAUUCUCUUAAAUAAGCUAGAAUAUAAAUCAGAUCAUUACCAGUUAACUUUUAAAGCACAUCUGUUUAAGAAUAUGGUUUUGAAAAAAUAUGCUACAGAAUUGUUUUUAAAAGUUACAUAAAUGAGAAACUACUAAACAUUUUCAAAUCUAUUGUUUCUGCCAAAGAUAAAUUAACUAAAAGAUUUUAUUCAGGAAUCCCUAUUUAAAUUUCUAUGAGUGAAUAAAAGACAGCAAGAAUUGUAGUAAAAUAAUUUGUGUACAGAAUGUUGUUUUCCUUUGUAAUUACUAAUACCUGUAUACUUCAUAAAAUGGAGCCCAAAUUAAGGGGGAAAGAAACUGCUUACACCAGAUCCUAUUUGAAGACAUACUACUCUGUAGUUUCUGGUCCUGCCAGAAAUGCCGAGGCAGAUUUGUUUCCACAGCAACCACUUCUGCAGCCUAAGAUCUCAAGACACUAGAGGCAGUUUCUUAAUUGGCUUCAUGCAGAAAACUCUUGGGAACGUGUGUGCAUAUUAGCACAUGCCAACAAAAUAAAUGUCAAGGGUUAUUUAAUAACAAUUGUAAGUAAAUUAUAAGUUAAGGUGAAUAAAUGUGAUUUUAUGAUUUAUAAGCAUUAAAGAUGACAACGGCUUGUAAUUUUCACAACCACUUUUAUUAUGUUUACUAUGGAGAAAAUGUUGAAAUAGAUGUUUAUAUUAAGUAUGAUAUAAUUACUUUGCUUCCUCUUUGAAUCAUUUAGUUAGAAUUUCACUUUUUAAGAUAUGUAUGUACCAGGUUUCAAAUGAGGGCCUGCUUAGAAGUUUUUCAAGACCGCUUAAGUUUGUCCUGUUCUGGUAGAAGGAAGUCCACACAACCAGUUCAGGGAAAAUUUCUAUGAAAGACCAAACAAAUAUCAAACUGGAGGACUAAAAAUUUUUUUAAUUGAUAAUUACAAUGCAUUGUGCACUAAAAAAUAGCUAAGAUUUCUUCUGCUUCUCCUUGGUUGCCAGUUUAAAGUCAACAGAUUAUCAUUCAUUGCCACAGCAGGGCUUCACGAUGUCUCUGUAACAGUGUAGUUUUUGCUUUGUCUCAUUCUGAUGCAGUGCUUGCAUGGCAACGGAAGAGCCUCCUGCAAAAAAAAAAAAAAAAGCCAGAUGUGCC